CCAAACAAACAGUGUGUAGUAGCGAUACACUGUUAAACGUGGAGGCGGGCACCAGUCUGAUGGGGUGGGGAUGAUGACUGGGAGGCGCCUGCCCUCUCAUUAACCCCCCGUUUCCACACCUCCUUUGUUUACACCUACAUGCCGGUCAAGUCCAGGCAGGGGGAGCAGCAGAUUUGCAGACUUCACUCGCUUCUUGUCGGGAGACACAAUGUUUGUUUCCGUGCUCAGCUUUAUUCUGCUGUUUGGAGUUUGCCAUGCCUCGGACACGGUGGCUCCUGCCCAGCUCGGGCCGCCGUCGCUCGGGUUCAGCUCCUCGGUGCGCUCGGUGUGUAAACCCAUCCCGAGCACCCUGUCUCUGUGCCACGGGAUCGGCUACAGGCACAUGCGGAUCCCCAACUUGCUCGGCCAUGACACGCUGAGGGAGGCCCAGCAGCAGUCGGCGGCCUGGCUGCCCCUCGUCUCCAAGCUGUGCCACCGGGACACCAAGAAGUUCCUGUGCUCGCUCUUCGCCCCGGUGUGUCUGCCGGAGCUCAGCGGGCCGGUCAGCCCCUGCGGGAGCCUGUGCGAGGUCGUGCGGGACGGCUGCGUGCCCGUGAUGAGCGCGUUCGGGUUCCCCUGGCCGGAGAUGUUCAACUGUACCCGGUUCCCGCGUGGCACCCAGCUCUGUAUCCCGGCAACCGGAGAGCAGGAGGGGCGGACGCCCGAGGAGGUCAGGCACGAGGAGACGUUGAAAGGGAGUGUCAUCUGUGAGGCCUGCAGUCUGGCUGCUGAAGGAGAAAGUGACAUCCAGGAAAACUUCUGCCACAGUACAUAUGCGUUUAAGAUGCGUCUGGGCAGUGUGUCGGUGGUGGGAGGGGACCGUCAGCUGGUGCCUACGGCCCGCAGCCGCAUCCUGAGGUGGGCAGGGGGAGGUGCGCAGAGGGCAGAAGGGAUUGGAGGCGCGAUGGCCCACAGCGCUUUGUGGCUGCAAGAAGGAGGCACCUGCGCUUGUCCUGGCUUGGACUCUGCAGAGACAAACAAAGACAGGGGGUUAGAGGGGGAACAGAUGGAUAUAAGACGAGCAAAAGAUGGAGGAAAGGCAGUGAAAGGGGUCCAGAGUGGAUGGUAUCUGGCCCUGGCUCAGGCUGAAGAGGGAAGGCUGCUGCUGACUCGACUGGUGAAGUGGACCAGAGGGGACAAAGAGCUGAAGAAGUUCAUCAGAGCUCUCCUCAAACAGUCUUGUCCGGAGCUGUAGACUCCCCCAUGGAUGCUGCUUUGUGGUCGUAUGCAGUGUUUAAACUGUGUGCCGCUGAUUGCUACAUCAUUGAAUAACGAACAGUUAACAAAUAGUUCCCAACUAAAACUGAAUCAUUUACUGAUCGUUAGAUACAAUGUAAAUUAACAGGAUAAGUUCGUAGUUAUCUGAAUACUUGCCACUUUCUUGAUGAAUUGUUCCUGAUUAACUCUAAAAAAGUGACUUACAUACAUACAUAUUAUUUUGUGCCAUAUCAAGUCAAGCAGUAUCAUGAAUUACGUUAUCAUAAUUCAACAUUCAAGUGAAAUAGAUCAUCAUUUCACUAAAAUUACUUCUUUUCAGUGAAUGAUUAUUAGACAUAGACUUAUUGAAAUGACCAAUUACACAAUUAUUCUGAAAAUCUCCCACCAGCAGUGAUGAUGAAGCAUUAUCACAAAAUAGUGCAAACGUUGAUAUACUUCCAACUGGGGCAAUAUUAGUAUUUUUGUGUACAUUUGUGUAUAUAGGAGAGACAAAAUAUAACCCUUUAAUCAAAGUCAAAGUGUUUGGUAUUGAUUGCAGGGUUUAGACUGAUCUCAUCACAAGUUUUCUUUUGACACAUAUUUGGAUUAAAGCAGUGUAAUUGUUGUUAUUCCUGUAAUGAUAAAACUGUUUUGUUACACUACCUAUCCUAUCAUUUUAUAUUGCAUGAAUCAUACACCAUAAAAACUAGCCCUGCAAGUUUUUUAUUGCCUUGUAGUUUACCAUUUAGUUUCGCAGCAGCUUCAGUCGUUUUAUGAGUGAAAUCACAUGUUAGGAUCAAAAGAGAAGCACUGAAAAGAAAGGAAAGAAAUAUGAAUAAUAAAUCAUUUGGUUCUU